GAAGACCACCCCACUAUCCAAAUACCUCCAAACAGGCGGGAUGGACAUCCUCUCUGCCCACAGGAUGGUGAUGUCCACACACGAGGCCCUUCAGGAGAUGGGAAGAGAUUUCCAGACAGUCAAGGAUGCAACAGAGAGUUUUGUGAAGUGGGCAAAUGACAAGCUGGAGGAGCAGGAUGAGGAGAUGGGCAUGGAGGUGGAGGUUUCACUACCGCAGAGGAGGCCAAAGAAGAAGAAGUCCAUGCCAGGAGAGAUGGCCCAGGAUGAAACUUCCAAUGACCCAAGCAAGACGUAUGAGGUUAAAGUCCAUAACCAAAUUAUGGACACCGUUAUUGAGGCCAUGCAAAGACGAUUCCUCGAUAACGGCAAUCUGUAUGCGGACCUCUCAAUUCUUGACCCCCGAAACUUCGCAGAUAUCAAAACCAGUGGUCUUCCUGAGUCUGCACUGAAAGACCUAAGCAGAAGUCUCAUCAAAUUUAACAAUUCGGCAACCAUAUCAAAUUUACAAUCUGAACUUGAAAGCUUGGCAAGCCAGUGGGACAUGCUGAAGCGUCCACCACUAGAUGAGUACACAUCCCGUACUGUGGAGGAAGGACCUGGUGGAGACCCAGAGAUGGAAAUUGUCAGCAAAGCCUGUGCCUCAUGUAAAAACUGCCCCCUGUGUUGCUACCAGAUUCUCCUCAGAUUCAACCUGCUCACAGACGCAUACCCUCUUCUUUCUCUGUCCUACAAAUAUCUGCUGACACUCUCAGUGACACAGGUAGCCUGCGAAAGAUCAUUUUCAACUUUGAAAUUCAUCAAGAGCAGGCUGAGGAGCAGCUUAUCUGCUGGUAAAUUGGAGGCCUUCAUGCUGAUGUCCACAGAAAAGGACAUCCUCAUGGGAUUGGACACAGACAGUGUCAUAGACAGAGUGGCCGAAAAAAGUGAACUUCUUCGGAAGCUCCUACUCUACUAAAGAAGCCUCUGUCUCAGGUUGUGGCGACGACUUGCUUUCACAAAGCUUCCAUUUCAGGAUUGUGAGAUUGGAUUGUGAGGAUUGUUUUUGGAGAUAGACAGACGUUUGGUUUCUGGGGCUUCACAUGUACAUAGUUCUUACUGGAUUGACGGGGUUUGUGAGCGUUGGUUCCGGUGAAGUCAGCUAUUCACCAAGUUUCAUGAGUGUUUGAUGGACUGUAGUCGGUGUAGACAGACAAGGCUAUGCACCAAGU